AUGGUUGACCUCCUGAAGAAGCAUAGUCAUGCAGUCAAGGUCCAGAGCCCAAUUGCGAAGUCUAUCGUAUGCCUCGAAUCUUCUCAAUCGGAUCCGUCUGAUGUCUAUAAAUUUCUUCUCGCCAUCACAAGCAUGCUCAAGCAGCUGUUUGAUGACUCUUCACAUGGCUUUACCAAUGAGGAAAAAGAGCAGAUACGCGCGGUCGUGAAUAAACGCUUCCGUGAGAUUAUUCAGGAGGGUCCUGCAGAUUGUUAUAUAGCUGCAUUCUUUUUGGAUCCUCGCUAUGUCGGCUGUGACAUGCUUCGAAGGUCUCUCAAUCCCCUCGCACCCACUAUCACAAUUCCUCCACCCAUACCACGCACACCAGAGGAGACAGUUCCAAAUCAAAGGGUCUUUGGUCGUGUUAUGAAGUAUUUGAAGACAGUCGUUGAGCCAGAAUGGAAAUCGAAAGACAAUCCAACACUGAAGGGUCUUACUCGUUUGCAGUAUCCCUUUGAUGCUCCAGUCGAAGCUGGCCAAUCUAUCUUGUCAUGGUGGACACAUCUCACUCGGAUUCCUGAAGGUGCUGUCCUUGCAUGCAUUGCACAGAAGAUAUUUUCUGUGAAGCCGAAUGACAUGCCUGAGGAACGUACCAUGUCCGUUUUCACCCGAAUGAACUCGGCCCUCAGAAAUCGCCAGCAAGUCCAAACACUCGUAGAUAUGACACAGAUCAGACAAUGGCAUAUGUAUGAUCCCGAGAAAUUCCGCUUGCGCGAGCAACCCACAUUGGACUUUUUUGAUGUUGAGCAGGUCAUUUUCGGCAAAGGAAAGAGCACUGCUUCGCGGACGCACAGUAUCACAGGAAGUUCGUUGAUUAUCGAAAACGGUGAUGAACACGAGGAGAUACUUGAUGAAGAUACUCAUACCUGGCUCGAUGACAAAAUUGAAAACAUGCCUGGUGAUUCCACUUUCGAUGCCGAGGAAGACAUUGACUUAGACGUGCCGGAACUCACAAAAAUUCUCGCUGAUGAUCCACCCCAAGGGAGUGUGUCGAAAGGUAAGAAGAGAGCAAAUGGUGGCUUGCAUUGAUGACGCCGACGAUGCUGAUGGCGAAUGGGUCUGGAAGUGAAAUUGCCCAGCGCACAGAAGUUUUUUCAUCAAGAAUAGUUAAUAACACCUGUUUUCGACGAGUUAGCUUGAACGAAAAAAUCACGUGCCGACUGUCAAUAUGUGUU